AUGCCUUCUCUGCAAUCCAAUACUUCCUUCCUCGCAUCGUAUACUUCCUAUGCCCACCUCUCCGCCUUCUUCGCGUUCAGUCUGCUCCUUUCGCACCGUUUCAACUUCACCUUUGCACUGCAGGGACAGUGCUCUCGCCCUGUGAUCGUUCUCUACACUCACGUUCCUUAUCAACACAGUGCUGCAAUGGCGGCCAGCAACAUCCCGCUUCAUUGCAACAUCUGUCCCAAGAAGCCAAACUUCAGCGAUGUUUCACAUUUACUUACCCAUAUUGCCAGUAAGGGCCAUUUAUCCAACUACUACAAGGUCAAGGUCCGCUCGACUCACGAAGAAGCAUCUCGCCGACUGAUUGACACUUAUGACCGCUGGUAUGGUGAGUGGGGUGUCGAGGAACUCAUGUCAGAGCGUAUGAAUCAAAAGGACAAACGCCGCACCAGGGCCCGACCCACUGCAGUACGACCGGCACCGGCGCUCAGAAUCGAAGCUCCAAUACCGCGACCUUCCCACCGGCGGUCCGCUCUGGGCAAUUUUCUUGAUCCCCGUCUUUCUGAGCAGCAACCACAACAGACAAUCAAGCAAGAGGACUCUGUCAGUCCUUCAUCCUCUCUCCAGCCCACUGGACCAGCUCUUCGGCACCGCAGCAGUUACCUGCCCCAUCUGCAGCAUCACUGGGAAACAGACUCGCGCGCCAGCUCACGCAGUUACACGAACCCAGAUUACGACACGUCCAGUGAGUACUCUGAUCCAAGUGAGCAGCGGCACCGGUACCGGUAUACAGCGACAACCUCGUGUGCCAUUGCAGACGAUCCAGCUGAAGCAGCAGAUCCAAUGGCGGUCAGCGAGUCUACCAAGCUCAAGGGAGUCUACUGGCCCGGCAUGGACAUCUUUGACUCUGCAACGCCUGAAAUGCGACGCAAGAGAAACCAGAAAAAGGACAGCUCUGUCGUGGAACAGCUCGAGCUCAACUCACAAGAGGUUGAAGCCACUGAGCUCAUCUUCACGCCACAGGGCUCGUUCAAAAGACAACGGAGAAUAUCCAGCUCGGAUUCGGAUGAUGAGGAAGACGUCGAGAUCAAGGCUGAGAGCCCACGGCCUAGGCGCGGACGGCUUGCCCUGGUAAACUUGGACGUCAAUGCACCUCAUGGCCACAGACAACUCAUGCGCCCGAUGAUGCAAUUCUCGAACCGCGCCCAGUAUGAGGAAGACCGUAGCUAUCCAAGUUAUGACAAUGGGCAUGACAAGUGUACAACGAAGCGGAAGCGAUUUGAUGUGUUUCAAGACGACGAAAUCCACUUCUCGCAGCCCGCAAGCAUGAAUUACCUUACCUCUGGAUUCAGCCGGCAGCCUUCCCCGCCACCUGCGCCGAACUUUGCUCCAUACAAACCCCACAAUGAUCCCUUCCAGUAUGAGAACAAGGAGAAUAUCCUGCCAUUGCUGCAUCAGGCUAGCCAGAGCAACCUUCAGAUGCAUCAACACCCUGGCUACCACUACCAGGCCUAUACAUAUGGAUUGGGACCAGAGCACAUGUUCCACUACAAUCCCCAUCUUUACCACGGCCCCAACGCAUACCAGCAACACGAGGAGGAAGAUGACGACGACCAGCGCACCAUUACUGCGCCUCCAUCACCGUCAACAAGCUAA